GGUGCCCCCGGAGGCCACGCCCACGGGCCCCGCUCCGCCCGCGGCCCACAAUGCGCUGCGCUGCGCUCCGCCCCGCGGGCCUCUUCCGGUGGAGCCAGGCGUGGCGAAUCGAGCACCGCGCGGGGGCGACUCGGCGCUCGACUGGCGGCGCCUGCGCACGUGGUGUUCCGGACGAGCGGCGCCGCGGCCGCGACCUGGGUGGUUAGGGUCGCGCGGGCGGGGCACCGGGUGUGAGUCGCAGGGGGAGACCGGCCCGGACCUGGGACGCCGCGCUCUCGUACCCGGAGCAGCACCCGGAGGGAGCCCUUCCCGAGCCUCCGGCCAUGGCGUCCCUGCUCGCCAAGGACGCCUAUCUGCAGAGCCUGGCCCGGAAGAUCUGCUCCCGGCCCAGCCCCGAGCCGCACCCGCGCAAGUCGGUGGGCAAGACUCAAGGCUCGGACGCUGCCGGACCCCCAAAAAAGAAGAGGAAGAGAGCACAGAAGAAACCCCGGGAGCAGGGGGAGAAGGCCGUGGAGUCCAAGGCCCGGGCCCAGGGGGAGAAGCCCCGGGCAGCUUCCCAGGCCAGGAAGCCCCUGGCAGCCAAGCAGGAGAGGCCCUCUGGCUCCCCCGGGGUCCCUGCAGAUGGCCCCGCCCCGGAGCCUGACUCCCUCUUCGCCCUGGAUGUUCUGCGGCAGCGGCUGCAUGAGAAGAUCCAGGAGGCCCGGGGCCAGGGCGGCCCCCAGGAGCUGUCCCCCGCCGCUUUGGAGAAAAGACGGCGGCGGAAGCAGGAGCGGGACCGGAAGAAGCGGAAGCGGAGGGAGCUGAGGGCCAAGGAGAAGGCGGCCAAGGCCGCGGGGCCCGCGGAGGCUGCGGAGCCGGCCCCCGAGGCGCCCGGCCAGGAGGCGCAGGGGCAGGCGGGGCUGCUGUUCAACAAGGUGGAGGUGGAGGCGGAGGCGGGCGGCGAGCAGCCGGCCAGCAAGGCCCAGCGCAGGAAGGAGAAGCGGCAGAAGCUGAAGGGGAAGCUGCCGCCGCUCACGGGCAGGAACUACCGGCAGCUGCUGGAGCGGCUGCAGGCGCGGCAGGAGCGGCUGGAGGCGCUGCGGGAGCGGGACGCGGGGGAGGCGCGGGCGCUGGAGAGCAGGAUGCGGUGGACCACCGCGCUGUACCGCGCCGAGGGCGUGCGGGUCCGCGACGACGAGCGCCUGCUGCAGGCCGCGCUGAAGCGCAAGGAGCAGCGGCGGGCGCAGCGGCAGCGGCGCUGGGAGAAGCGCACGGCCCACGUGGUGGAGAAGAUGCAGCGGCGGCAGGAGCACCGCCGCCAGAACCUGCGCAAGAAGAAGGCGGCCAAGGCCGAGCGGCGCCUGGAGAAGGCCCGCAGGAAGGGCCGGGUCCUCCCGCAGGACCUGGAGCGGGCCGGCCUGGCCUGAGGGCGCCCCCCCCCCCCCCCGCCCGCGGCUGCACCUGGGCCAGCCCCCCGCCUGUGCAGACUCACUCACAGGCUCGGUCACCUGGGCGAGGGAGGACGUCAGUGAGAACAGGACCCCAGACCCCAGGGGAGGGGUGAACCAGAUGGGCUCCCGCCUUGUCUUGUGAGACCAGGAAGCCCCCCCCCAAGUGUUCAGGCUGAGGGGCAAGGGAGCAGUGUGGAGGCCCUGGGGACUUGGGGCGCUCGCUGCUCCUCCCCCCCUGCCCCGUCCCCAGGAGCAGGAAGGAAGGCCUUGGUGGCUGCCUGGUCAGUCCAAACUUGGAAGAGACAAAACCCGGCGCCUGUACCCGAGCCCAAGACGGAGCUGACGGCCGGUCACUGGGUGACCUCGGGCGGGACUGGAAUGGGAUUACUCUGUUUACCUGUAAGAAGGGUGAACGUUAGAAUUCCAGGUGGACGUGCACGUUAAGAACCCUCAGAGGACUCCUGAGAGGAGCUGUAGUAACUGAGGGGGGGGGGGGGCAGGGCAGGGUGGCUCAGCCCCGGAGGCAGAAGGGCGUGGUGAGCUGAGGAAGGCGGUGGAAUUGAGCCCAAGCCCGCAGGCGGGGAUGAAUGCAGUGGAAAAACUCCGGUGGGUUUGGUGGGAAUGUGGAUUCUAUUCCAGUGAAGCUGUUAAUAAAGUUCUUUGACGAAA